GCGCGUUUUUCCUUCAUGGUUUUAUGCUAAAAUUUGGGAAGACUUUGCACAAGCACGAUGAAGCGAAACACGUUUAUUUUGCAAUGACAUACUUAGCAAACGAAGAGGUGAUGUGGUAAGACGGCGCCGUUUUUCCUGGUCUGUCUGUCAGGUGGCCACAAUGGGGGAGAGGACAGCCAGUGCCCCCGUGGUGGGGAUCUCUCCAGUGCAGCAGAUGCUGGCGUCUGGCACUGGGGCUCUCCUCACGUCUGUUUUCGUCACACCGCUGGACGUUGUGAAGAUAAGACUGCAGGCCCAGCAGACGCCAUUCUACCAAGGGAAGUGUUUCUUGUAUUGUAACGGGCUGAUGGAUCACAUCUACGUGUGUCAGAACGGAAGUGGGUGCAGCAGCUGGUACAAGGCCCCGACACACUUCAGUGGGACCCUGGAUGCUUUUGUGAAGAUAACCCGCAAUGAAGGAGUCAAGUCUCUGUGGAGUGGGCUGCCGCCGACACUGGUGAUGGCAGUACCUGCCACAGUCAUUUACUUCACCUGUUAUGAUCAACUGCGGGACUUCCUGAGAUACGGCUUGGGUUUCCAGGGUGACCAUAUCCCCCUUAUUGCUGGUGGCCUUGCUCGAUUGGGAGCAGUGACGGUGAUUAGUCCUCUGGAGUUGGUGCGUACUAAGAUGCAGUCCCGCCAGCUGUCCUACAGCGAGCUGCAGGUGUGUAUUCGCUCUGCUGUGGCCCAGAGCGGCUGGCUGUCCCUCUGGAGGGGCUGGGGGCCCACCGUUCUGCGGGACGUGCCCUUCUCAGCCCUGUACUGGUUCAACUAUGAACUGGUGAAGGCCCAGCUCUGUCGACAGCACCGCAUCUCCCAGCCAAACUUCUCCAUCAGUUUUACCGCAGGAGCCAUCUCUGGAGCGGUUGCUGCAAUCUUAACCUUGCCUUUCGAUGUAGUGAAGACGCGGAGACAGAUCCAGCUGGGAGAAAUGGAAACACUUGCAGUUGCCAUGAAGAAGACCACAUCUACAUGGCACAUAAUGAAAGACAUAUGUGCAGAAUCGGGCUAUAGGGGCCUUUUUGCAGGUUUUCUGCCCAGAGUGAUCAAGGUGGCUCCAGCCUGUGCUGUCAUGAUCAGUACCUACGAGUUUGGAAAGAUCUUCUUCCAGAAGUGGAACCUUGAUCGAGAGCAGCGAACAUCAUGAGGGUUUCUCCGUUAAUUGAGCAGGACACCUCUCGUUGUUCCUCCAUGGGAUGAGACUUAUCAACAGCAAACGUGUAAAAACACUCUGUAGGACAUCUGAAAACAGUCUCCUCAAGAAACAGCUUGAGGAUCAAGAUGCCUUGUUGAAGAAAAGACGAAGAGAGGUCUUCAUUAGCACAAUUUUUGAUCCUUGAAAAAAAAACCCCACACAUUUCAGUGAGGGCGCUCCCUGAGGUGGUUUGGGACAGAAUCUGAUCUAAAUAUAAAAUGAACGUGUGUCGACACUCAGAUGAAUCUGGAUGCUAAAGGACACUCAAGGAACUCAAACUUGGUGUUUUUGAUUUUCAGGUAAACCUCUAGCAUGUAAUUUAAACGUUGAGAUGAGAGAGAAUCUUCUUGCAAUGCAUUUGUCAGGAGUGACACCAAAACUUCACACACCCUAGUGUUUCACAUAUGCCUUCCAAAGUGAAAUACUAUUGGGUUAUCUAUAACAGACAGUAGCCGAGGGAGUAAUGAGCUAACCCUCCCUAAGAUGGCGUCUGGAUGAACGCUGCAGCAUGGAUGAAGACAUUCUCCUUGUUAGCCUUUGUGUUGCCUCAAUGUUGCAUGGUGCAUCCAGACCCAUUGAGUCCACAAUCUUACCUGAGAAUGGAUUGAAUGAUGCCACACUUUUGCAUAGUACUGAAAUGGGAUGUCUUCUGGGUUGUUCUUUAUCAAUGACAAACCUUUAAGUGUCUCUAAAGCUAGAUUUUGGUUUGUAUUCCUAGCAGUUGACACUUAAGUCAUACUGAAUGCGUGGAUGACUGAUGGAUCCAUUGAAUAUACUGACAUUCAUAGCACUUC